UUAUUUUCUCUCCAUUUCUUUCCUUUCCUUUUAUUUCCGUCCAGAAGUAGUAUAAACUUUUAUUAGCAAAACGGCCUCAAUCUAUUAGCAAAUUUCGAAAUCAGCCACCUGCAAAUCUGCUUUGGAAUUGGACCUCACUUGCUCGUCUGACGCGGACUCCAAAAAUUAUCCGGAGCAAAAACCAAACUAUGUCGUCCCCAACCUUCCUGUUUUCUUCAAUACCCAUUUCUCCUCGAAAACCCACACAAACCCAUCUUUCAUUUCCCAUCACAUCACCAUACCGUGAAGCUGCAACUCAACGAAACCAUACGCUAAAACCCAUCAUCAUCAAUGCUAUAUUUCAGAACAAAAAAGCCAUAGCUGCUCUUUUGGGAGCUGGGUUUGCGCUAACCCUAGUGGGAUCCGCCACUGCUGCUCAAUUGCCAUUGUUGGGUUCUUCUUUGCAACUCGACGAACCCGCAAAUGCGCUCUCAUUGCCCACCUGGGCUAUUCAUGUCUCCAGCGUCGUAGAAUGGAUAACGGCAAUGGCAUUGGUGUGGCAAUAUGGGGAGAAAUCUGGGUAUGAAUCAUGGAAGGGCCUCUCUUGGGGUAUGGUACCCCUACUUGGUGGAGCGUUUUGUGCAUGCACAUGGCAUUUCUUUUAUAACUCCGAGGCUCUUGAGUUGUAGGUAUUGGUCGCUCUUCAAGCAGCAUUGACAGUUAUAGGUAACACCACCAUGUGUGUUGCUGCAUACCGUAUCUAUAGAUUAUCACAGGGGGAUUCUAAGAAUUUAUAGAGCUCUUUUAUGUACAUACUGUUCACGUGAUUGAAUCCUUGGUUUCUGUCUCCUAUUCUGGUUGUAGGUACAUCAAUUCUUCUUACUAGAUAUAAACCUAGAUCAUGGUCAUUGGUUGAGGACUAAGUGACAAUACUGGAUUACAAUCUUAUGACUUUUUGCCGAAGAUGUAAAAUAUGAAACACGAUGGAAUCUUUAUUUACUUAUGGUGGGAAAAGAGUUCAUUUGAAACUA